GGCUACACGGAAGAAAAUGUUGCUAAAAUGAUAAUGCAUGGUUUCUCAUUGAAAUUACCAUUAUGGAAAUAGUAAAGUUAUUUCUGAUUUUGACAAUAUUCACAGGUCAUUGGGCAUUUUUUGGCUGGUGUUAAUCAACUAUAAACAAAACAUGAUGACCAAACAUAUGACUGCAGGAUUCCUGUCUGCACUAUUUCGUGAAUUCUUCCCAACGCCAGUCGUCAUCCUUAUGUUUCUUACAAAAUGAAAAUGAUACCCAAAGCAAUAUUUGUCAAGAAAUGUCUGAGAAGUUAUCAUGUGAAUCAGAAAAGGUAAUAAUGAUAAAUGACAUAAAAUAUACAAAAAAGACAAAACCUGGACCUGAGAGGAUGCAAUGUAAGGAUUGCUCUCCGGAUGCUGGAUCAGAUGUGACAGAUUGGGAUAUAGACUUUACUGAAUUUAAAACCCGACUGUAUCAAACAUGUUCGAAAAAGAAUGGAUGCGAGUUUAAUUCUACUGUAAACAUACCAAACCAGAGGAGAGGUAUACAAUACAUUUGGUUUGUCAAAAUAUCCUACAAUUGUAUAGCAGAAGGUCUGUUCGAAGAUAUGUGUUCAUCAUGGCGAAAGACAACAGACUCAUUACAUAUAUCACUGACUAAUAAUAACUUUAUCCCUCGCCACUGUAGCUGUAUCAUUGAGGAGGAUUUGGGAUAUUUAAACAUAACAGUUAUUGACUACAGACCUUAUUACAGUGACGUUUAUUGUGCUAACAGCUCAGUUUUUGUCGAUGAUGAUGAAAGGUUUCAAUGUUGGAAAAACGGCACAGAUUCUUCUGUGUAUAACAGACCGAUAAGCAAAACGAACAACAGAAUUAAUGUAACAGUUUUAAUUGGCAGUAACAUACCAGAAGAUUUUUGGAUGUUUUGGAUACAUGUAGAAGGUUUUAACGUGAGUGUGCAGUGCAAUUCAAAUAUGUCUACAUCAACGACGACAACGACGACAAUGACUAUGACAAAACCACCACCACCACCACCAACAACAACAACAACAGCAGCAGCAGCAGCAGCAGCAGCAGCAGCAGCAGCAGCAGCAACAACAACAGCAGCAGCAGCACAAACAACUUUAUCUACCCCAUUGCAAUCUGAAAAAGUGCCAGAACAAACAACCAUCAUCCCAUCGUUAUCCUAUGAUGACAGUUCAGAGGAUAGCAUUUCCGUCACUUCAACAAUUGCUGGGGCGUCAACGGGAUUGAUUGUGCUUCUUGUUCUGAUAGCUAUAAUUAUUUAUAUUGUUUACAGAAGGAGACUAAACAGACCGACUCGCACAAAGAACAAGGAAAAUAUAUAUGCUGACGUUCAUGAUAAAGAAAACAAGAGAAAGAAAUCUAAGACUAAGAAUGGCAUCAUAAAUAUGUCCUAUGAAAAUGGUUGUGAAGAGAUUAAUAUUACGUUCAGGUCUUCUGAAAAUAUUCAGAAAGUAGAGAACAAUGUAUAUUCAGAGCCAGCUGAUGCGGCCGUGGAUGACAUUUACACAGAACCAGUUGAGACAGAGGGAAAUAUACAAAUUUCAAAUACCCGUAAAAAUGCGGAGCCGGUUCAUAAUUACCAGGAACCAUACGAUACGACAUUAUUGAUAAGAGAUAAUGACCGCAUACCUAACUACACAAAAGUCGUAAAAGGUAGUGAAAAGAAGGACGUAUAUAACACUCUAUCUGAAAUCGAUAACUAUUCACACAUACAUAUUCUUACAGAUGUAUCGAAAAGUGUUGACAACUAUUCUCACAUCAAACUUGGACAAGGUCAGGAAAGCGCAAUAAACUAUGGCCGCUCGACGGAUAUGUACAGUCAUAUCAAAGUGGAUAGUAUCCAACAAGAAGUUUCUGACAAUGUUAAAUGUCAGCCAAUAAAGGGAGAUAACACUUUCGAAGAAACGGAAGAAUAUGAUCACCUAACACAUUAUUCAAAUCACUGAACUGUGAAAAAAUAAGGACCCUGUUGACAUUUUAGAAAACUUAGAAAAACGAAUGACCAAGUUAAGGAGUUUAUACACUAAAAUGUCUUUACAAUAAAUAAAACAUCAUACUAGUGUUUCCCACCAAGUCUAGUAUUUUGAAUCAAAAUUGAAUAGGCGGUUGGUUUAACAGCUUGUUAAAGUUUCAUAAAACUUUGUCCAGGUCAACUAUUGUUUAACUUAAACUGAAACUUGCUUGAAAAUAUAUCAUCAAAAUAUA